GCUGAUCCGCGCGCUCUCUCUCCCUCCAGCUGCUGCCACCCCGGAGGCGCACUGACUGGUGAGUAAAAGUGGACGCGUUGACGUCGGCUCGCUCUUUCUGUCGCAGCCAGUUUUUGUUCAGAACAUUGACUUGGAAUACAUUUCCAAGGAAAGUUGGAUCCAAGCGACUGAAAUGUUUCGUUUUUUUUGAUGCGAUGGAGUGAUGCAGAGUGUUCAAGGAUCGCAGUGGGGAUAAAACUUGGGUCGCGCGCUGGCAUGGCACUUCAGGUGUUCCAGCGCUCGGAUAGAAGCUGUUUCUAUGCUCUGUCAUGGUGUCACUAUCUGCGGUGAGAUUGCCCGGAGCACUAUGGAGGAAAGAAAGAGACUUUUCUUCUAUCUUCUCCUCUCGGCGCAGCUCUGCCUGAGCUCUACACAAGUCCUUAGAAUCGGUGGUAUUUUUGAGACCCGGGAGAGUGAGUUAGUGAGUGUGGACGAGCUGGCGUUCAAGUUUGCUGUAAAUAACAUAAACCGCAACAAGACCCUGAUGCCCAACACCACUCUGACCUACGACAUCCAGAGGAUCAACCUGUUCGAUGGCUUUGAGGCUUCCAGGAGAGUGUGUGACCAGCUGGCUCUUGGGGUGGUUGCGGUGUUUGGCCCCUCACACAGCUCUUCUGUCAGUGCUGUUCAGUCCAUCUGCAACGCCCUGGAGGUCCCUCACAUACAGACCCGCUGGAAACACCCAUCAGUGGACAACAAAGACACUUUCUUCAUCAACCUGUAUCCAGAGUACACGGCCAUCGCCAGGGCCAUCCUGGACGUGGUCACAUUCUUCAAAUGGAGGAAGCUAACGGUGGUCUAUGAGGACAGCACGGGUCUGAUGCGGAUGCAGGAACUGAUCAAGGCUCCUGCCAAGUUCAACCUAAAGAUUAAGAUCCGCCAGCUGACCCCGGGUAACCAAGACGCCCGCCCACUGCUCAAGGAACUGAAGAAAGACAAAGAAUUCUUUAUACUUUUUGACUGCUCCUACCGUAUGGCUGCAGAGCUCCUUAAGCAGCUUUCAUCGAUGGGAAUGAUGACGGAGUACUACCAUUUCUUCUUCACGACUCUGGAUUUGUUUGCGUUGGACUUGGAGCCGUACCGCUACAGCGGGGUCAACAUGACUGGCUUCAGACUGCUGAAUGUUGACGACCCGUAUGUGGCCUCAACCAUGGACAAGUGGGCAAUGGAAAGACUGCAGGGUCCCAAACAAGAGAGCGGCCUGGUGGACGGAAUCAUGACUACAGAUGCAGCCCUGAUGUAUGACGCCGUGUUCAUGGUUGCUGUAGCGUCCCAGCGGGCCACUCAAAUGACCGUCAGCUCCCUGCAGUGUCACCGCCACAAACCCUGGCGCUUCGGACCACGCUUCAUGAACCUCUUCAAAGAGGCACAGUGGGAGGGACUGACGGGGCACAUUGUUCUUAAUAAGACAGAUGGCCUGAGGAGAGACUUUGAUUUGGACAUCAUCAGCCUCAAGGAGGAUGGCACUGCCAGGGGAGUUACGGAGGGUGUAAGUCGACUCACGAAAAGAUGGAUCAAGAUUGCUGUGUGGAACUCGUACAAGGGGAUGAACCUGACGGAGUCCAGCCGAGACAAGAAUAACAAUGUGACAGACUCCCUGGCUAACAGGACUCUUAUUGUCACUACCAUUCUGGAAAAUCCGUAUGUGAUGUAUAAAAAGUCGGAAAAGGAGCUGUCUGGGAAUGAUCGCUUCGAGGGAUACUGCCUGGACCUUUUGAAAGAGCUCUCAAACAUCUUGGGUUUUACGUAUGAAGUCAAACUGGUGGGCGACGGCAAAUACGGAGCCCAGAAUGACAAGGGGGAGUGGAACGGGAUGGUGCGCGAGCUGAUUGACCACGUUGCAGACCUCGCUGUGGCUCCCUUGACUAUCACCUACGUUCGAGAGAAAGUCAUCGACUUCUCGAAGCCCUUCAUGACUUUAGGAAUCAGCAUCCUGUACCGAAAACCUAACGGCACAAAUCCAGGCGUGUUCUCCUUCCUCAAUCCCUUGUCUCCUGACAUCUGGAUGUACGUGCUGCUAGCCUGCACAGGAGUGAGCUGUGUGCUCUUUGUGAUCGCUAGGUUUACUCCAUAUGAGUGGUACAACCCUCAUCCAUGCAACCCAUCCUCCACUCUCAUACAGAACAAUUUCACUUUACUCAACAGUUUCUGGUUUGGAGUUGGGGCUCUCAUGCGACAAGGUUCGGAGCUGAUGCCUAAGGCUCUAUCCACUCGAAUAGUUGGGGGUAUCUGGUGGUUCUUCACCUUAAUUAUCAUCUCGUCCUACACGGCUAACUUGGCUGCCUUCCUCACCGUGGAGCGAAUGGAUGCGCCCAUCGACUCAGCAGAUGACCUGGCCAAGCAGACCAGGAUUGAAUACGGGGCAGUGAGGGAUGGAUCCACCAUGACCUUCUUCAAGAAAUCAAAGAUCUCCACCUAUGAGAAGAUGUGGGCGUUCAUGAGCAGCAGGAAGAACACGGCACUUGUUAAGAACAACAGGGAGGGCAUCACAAGGGUCCUGACCACAGACUACGCCAUGCUGAUGGAGUCCACCAGCAUUGAAUAUAUCAGCCAGAGAAACUGCAACCUCACUCAGAUCGGAGGUCUGAUAGACUCAAAGGGCUACGGAGUGGGAACACCUAUUGGUUCGCCUUACAGGGAUAAAGUGACCAUCGCCAUCCUCCAGCUGCAGGAGGAGGGGAAGCUGCACAUGAUGAAGGAGAAGUGGUGGCGAGGUAACGGCUGUCCAGAGGAGGACAACAAGGAAGCCAACGCUCUGGGCGUGGAAAACAUCGGCGGCAUCUUCAUCGUCCUGGCUGCCGGUCUGGUUCUCUCUGUGUUUGUGGCCAUCGGGGAGUUCAUCUACAAAGCCCGCAGGAACGCCGACAUAGAGGAGUGCAAGUCCUUUAGCGCCAUGAUGGAGGAGUUGGGCAUUUCCCUGCAGUGUUACAAAGGCGUCCGGAGGAGGUCGCGGCCCCACAGCGUAGCAAGGUCUGCUUGUAUCUUCUGUCAACCCAAACGCACGCCAAAGCAAGAGGGAGGGAGACGGGACUCCAGCACGUGAGCCUUGGAACUAUAAACAGUUGGAACAUAGAUCAGAGACUGACUUUUGAUCGCUUUCCACUCCUCAGAUUUGUUUGUGGAAUACCAGACGAUAUGAUACGCCCCCCCCCCCCCCCCCCCCCCCUCAUAAUCUUCUUUAUACUGUUUGUGUAUGGAUAAAACAUAAAGCUUUCUAUUGUAGAUGUAGUAAACAGAGUCUAGGCCUUGUAUCAACAUAACUGAUGUUAAAACAGGUGAUGACUACGUGAAUGAAAGCUCUCUCAUAGUGUUACUGUUCCCUCAUGGCUGUAAGUCACUGUUCUGAGCAGUUUGCAGAGUUGAAUCUGCACACUUUAUAAAUACUCCCAUCUUGUAAAUGUGUGACAACUUCACUGAUUUUCAGAGUAAAAAUGUUUUUGCAUUUUUUAAACCUAUGUGCGAUUUACUGUUUUUUUGUUGUUCAUGGUUUUGGGGCAUGUCUCUUUGUGUGCCCACUGGCAGGCAAAAAACGUAGCUUCAGAGCAGUUUGCUGAGCCAACCCUGGCCAGAGAAAAGAGAUAAGGACCCCUGAGGAAAGUCAGGAGCACACCUGCUGUUUUAUACCCUUCAAGCCCCGACAUCACAGACACACACUGCCUCACAACGCUUGUGAUCCGGGUAAAAUAUAGCUGUCUGUGCACGAGAGGAAGAAAAUGAUACGGAGAGGAGGAAAGGACAAAAUGAGAAGCAGGUUUUUUUUUCUCUCUCUCUUUUUGUACGCAUAAAAUUCUCAGGAGGUCAAAGACAAAGCACGAUUUUCUUUUUCCCUGGGGAGUAAAAGUCUUUUCUGUUUGCAGUCGUCGAAUUUGAAAGCCUGGGGGGAGAUUGUGUCUCCAAGUCGUGACAGU